AUGUGGGUCAGGUAUGGCAAAUAUGAUGGAAGCAGUGAUGAUAGUGAUGAUAGAGAUAAUAAAACUAUCAUGUGGGUCAGGUAUAGCAAAUAUGAUGGAAGCAGUGAUGAUAGUGAUGAUAGAGAUAAUAAAACUAUUAUGUGGGUCAGGUAUAGCAAAUAUGAUGGAAGAAGUGAUGAUAGUGAUGAUAGAGAUAAUAAAACUAUUAUGUGGGUCAGGUAUAGCAAAUAUGACGGAAGAAGUGAUGAUAAUGAUGAUAGAGAUAAUAAAACUAUUAUGUGGGCCAGGUAUAGCAAAUAUGAUGGAAGCAGUGAUGAUAGUGAUGAUAGAGAUAAUAAAACUAUUAUGUGGGCCAGGUAUAGCAAAUAUUAUGGAAGCAGUGAUGAUAGUGGUGAUAGGGAUAAUAAAACUAUUAUGUGGGCCAGGUAUAGCAAAUAUGAUGGAAGCAGUGAUGAUAGUGAUGAUAGAGAUUAUAAAACUAUUAUGUGGGUCAGGUAUAGCAAAUAUGAUAGCAGCUAUGAUGAUAGUGAUGAUAGAGAUAAUAAAGAUGAUAAUGACAGUCACAUAACAACAUUCUCACUACAAAACUAUUAUGUGGGGCAGAUGCAAACCCUGUACAACAGAGAAUACAAAACCAAAGUAUUACAGAAAGAGAACAUCUAG